AUGGAACCUCCUCUCUCGCGAGUCCCGAGGCGAUGGACACCAGAGGAAGACUCGAUCCUCAGGGCAGAGGCGACGUAUCAGUUGAUCGCUGCUGGUUCAGUGAGAGGUUGGAAUAGGAUUGCAUCCAAACUUCCCGGCAGGAUGGAAAAGGACUGCCGCAAAAGAUGGAGCAAGAUAUCGGAGAACGUGAAGAAGGGUAAUUGGGACCCAGCUGAAGAUGCUAAGCUCCGGGAAGCAGUUCAGGCAAUCGGGACACGGUGGACUCAAGUUGCAGAAGCGGUCGGUACUCGACAUGCGGAUCAAUGUGCCAAGCGCUGGACUCAAUGUCUUGAUCCUUCUAUUGACCACAGUGACUGGAGAGAAGAGGAAGAUAACAGACUGCUAGCAGAGGUCACUGCUUCCGGUCGGAACUGGAAGAAAAUCGCAGAGUAUUUCCCUGGUCGUACCAAGUUGGCGCUAAAGAAUCGAUACACUGCUCUCAGACGAAGACAGCACUCUCGACAAACUUCGAAUAACACCGAAAGCCCUCGAUCGCAGCCACGGCUCCCCACCCAAGCUCUUCGAGCUGUGAGCGAUGACUUGAUACAGAUAUCUGACGAAAUCCCUUCGAGCGAAGAGGAGGUGUGUUCUUCAAUGGACUCGACGAGGCCGCCAUCUCGUUCCUCGAUUCAGAGCAUGAAGCCUCAUCAUCAGGCUGGGAACUUGAAUAUGGUCGUGGAUUCCUCGUCGGAGAUCACAACUUCGGCUCUCCAUGCCGACUCUGGCGACCGAUUCCAAUAUAUGUCGCCGAUGCCGAACCGGAACUUAGGGUUUCACCAUUGCCAGAGUGUAAACCAUUCAAUACCGGAGUCGAACAACUUUUCCCCAUUGAACGUGACCACGCUGAGUGAGCCUAUGUUGACAUCUCGGCCUGAGUACCUUCAGUCUGACAAUUCGUACUCUCUGCACGCCUCUAGCCUCCCUAAUGAGUGGCUUUUGGGAGGAACAACAUCGAACCAAAACAUCCAUGGCUUUCCGUUCCCUGAAUCUUUCGAUAUUUCACCAACGAAUGGCAUUGACCGACAAUAUCCACUUCAACAAUCUUCGUCAAGAAAAAAGACGAUCGCACUCGAAGAUAUCGAAGAGACCACCUUAAGCAAGGUCGUGAGCAUCCUUAUCCAGGAGAAGGCAAAAGUAAGGAUAGAGACGACAGUCGAUUAUAAAUGA